GUUUCGUGAAGUGAGGCAAGCGGAAAGCGUACAACACAUGAAUGCGUUUCAUUCUGGUUUUAUUUCAAAAGUUAAUUCUUGCAGUCCAAUAAAACUUAGAAAAUGCGCUUCAGAGGAAAGAUUGUAGAUGUUGGAUGCAUCCAGCACUUCACACGAGUGAUCAGCAUGGUAGCCAAACUUGCCAAGAACUGUACUGUAAGAAUAACCGCCUCCAAGAUCUACUUUAUUUUAUCUGAGAGGUUGGUUAACGGAGGGGUCAACAUAUGGUGUGAGCUGUCACAGACUAAUUUCUUCAGUGAGUAUGCUAUGGAUGGGCUGUCAGAGGACUAUAACGAGAUCUUCCUCGAGGUCGUCCCAGACAAUAUGGUGAAGUGCCUGAAGACUGCUCAGACAGCAAAGUCCGUCAAGAUCAAACUGACAAAGAAACACAGUCCUUGUUUAACUUUUGAAGUGGAACUUCCCUCACUGACUGGUCAUUCCCGUGUGGUCACUCACGAUGUGCCAGUUAAUGUAAUACCAAGGAGACUUUGGGACGAGUUUGAAGAACCAGAGAUGCCAGACUUUGAUGUCAGUAUUUACAUGCCGUCCCUAAAGGUGCUGAGAAAUGUGACAGACAAAAUGAAAAAUUUGAAUAAUUAUGUGACAAUUGCUGCCAAUGGAAGUGGAGAAAUGGUGCUGAAAGUUGAGACAGACAUGGCGUCUGUUUCUACACAUUUUGGGGACUUGUCUAACCCACAGUGGUCUAAAGAAAACAUGCCAGCUGCAGCCAACAGCCAGCCGAAGGACAGAGACCCUGAGAAGUUUGCAGAGGCCAGGAUAGACAUCAGGAAGUUUUCCCAGUUUUUAUCAGGGCAGCAAGUGAACCCAGAAAGGGUGAUAUGCAAUAUACUGGACAACAGGGUGGUACAUUUCUUCCUCCUGCAUGAUGACGUGUCCCUGCAGUACUUCAUGCCGGUCAUAUCGUCAUGACAACAGACAUCGUCAUGACAACAGUGCUUCAUGCUGGUCAUCUUGUUGUGACAACAGUACCUCAUGCCAGUCAUAUCGUCAUGACAACAUUAUGUCAUGCCAGACAUCGUCAUGACAACACUACUUAAGGCGGUUCAUGUUGUUGUGACAACAGUACUUCAUGGCAGUCAUAUCAUCAUGGCAACGCUACUUCAUGCUAAUUUUCAUCAUGACAACAGUAACUCAUGCUGGUCAUAUUGUCAUGAUAACAGUACUUCAUACCAGACAUUGUCAUGACAACACUAUUUCAUGCUGUUCAUAUUGUCAUGACAACAGCACUUCAUGCCAAUCAUAUCGUCAUAAUAACAGAACCUCAUGCCCAUUAUAUUGUCAUCUCAGUUGAUUUCAUGUUGUCAGUUUUUUAUCGGUUGAUUAUUUAAUGUUGUCAGUAUUUCUUAUCUCAGUUGAUAAUAUAGUGUUAUCGGUUUUUCUUAUCUCAGUAAGGGUUUUCCACAGCCUUCAGCUACCUUCAGAACAACAAGGCAAAGCUCUGUAAAUGAUGUAAAAGAUUUUACUUGUCAAGCUGAAAUUCUAAAAUCCAGAAACAGCAAAUUGUAAUUAUGGUUUUAAACGGUCAGCUUAUGCCCUUUCGAGCAAGAAUCAACCGACUUUGUUUUUGGUUCAUUAUCAAUAAAUUAAUGCUGUGUAACGAUAAAUCGAUGUCUUAAACGUUUAUUUAUCUUCUUGUAUUUUCCUUGAAUUUAAAGAUCUGUUGCUCUGUUUGAAACUUUAGCACAGUUAUAUUCAAAACUCUGGAUGGUAGAGGGUUCAUUAAAAUUUAUCUCAGUA